AAAUCAUAAAAAGAAAAUUAUAAUCAGGAACUCAACUUGUUUAUAAGAAAAAAAACCGUAAAAGAAGAAAAUAAGAAACUCAAGAUGAAUCCAGGAGCACCAAACUACCCAAUGGCUUCCCUCUACGUAGGUGAUCUACACACGGACAUCACCGAGGCUAUUCUCUUCGAGAAGUUCUCAACUGCUGGCCCGGUUCUCUCCAUCCGCGUCUGUCGCGACAACAUCACCAGGAGAUCGCUCGGAUAUGCCUACGUGAAUUUUCAACAACCGGCUGAUGCCGAAAGAGCUUUGGAUACCAUGAACUUCGACAUGAUCAAAGGCAGACCCAUUAGAAUUAUGUGGUCUCAGCGCGAUCCAUCUCUUCGCCGCUCAGGCGUUGGAAAUGUUUUCAUCAAGAACUUGGACAAAAACAUUGAUAACAAGGCCAUGUAUGAUACUUUCUCAGCUUUUGGCAACAUUCUUAGUUGCAAAGUUGCUCAGGAUGAGAAAGGUUCUUCCAAAGGGUACGGAUUCGUUCAUUUCGAAACCGAAGAAGCUGCCAACAAGUCCAUCGACAAGGUCAAUGGUAUGCUGCUCAAUGGAAAGAAGGUAUACGUUGGCAAGUUUGUUUCGCGCAAGGAACGCGAAAAGGAACUCGGGGAGAAGGCCAAGCUCUUCACUAAUGUUUAUGUCAAGAACUUCGGUGAGGACAUGACCGACGAAAAAUUGAAGGAGAUGUUUGAGCAGUAUGGUACCAUUACUAGCCAUAAAGUUAUGAGCAAAGAUGAUGGAAAGUCUCGUGGUUUUGGGUUUGUUGCUUUCCAAGAUCCAGCAGCUGCUGAUCGCGCUGUUGCAGAUCUUAAUGGAAAAGAAAUUGCUGAAAAUAAGCUAAUGUAUGUUGGCCGUGCUCAAAAGAAAGCUGAACGUCAACAGGAGCUCAAGCGUAAGUUUGAGCAAAUUAAGAUGGAACGCAUGAAUCGUUACCAAGGUGUCAACCUUUACGUCAAGAACUUGGAUGACACUAUUGACGAUGAGAGGCUUAAGAAAGAGUUUGCUCUAUUUGGAACGAUCACCUCAGUGAAGGUUAUGACGGAAGAUGGGCGCAGCAAAGGAUUUGGAUUUGUCUGUUUCUCCCAACCUCAGGAAGCUACCAAAGCUGUAACUGAAAUGAAUGGUAGAAUUGUUGGAUCGAAGCCUCUGUAUGUUGCUUUAGCUCAACGAAAGGAAGAAAGAAAGGCUCACCUUGCCUCGCAAUACAUCCAACGUGUUGCUAAUCUUCGCAUGCAACACAUUGGUCAAGUAUUCCCGGCUGGCGGCGGUCAAAAUUACUAUGUUCCAACCCUCCCUCAACCCCAACGUUUCUAUGGACCAGCUCAAAUGACUCAGCUGCGUAAUACACCAAGAUGGCCAGCUCAGCAAGUUAGACCCAAUACCCAAACUGGUAGCUCUGGGUUCCCCAUGCAAACUCAGUACAGAGCUGCUCCUAGAGCACCAACUGCUGUACAGCCUGGUGUUAUGCGCACUCCUCUUGCUGCUCGCCCAAUCACAGCAAAUCAACCUAAUGCUGUUCCUAACGCAGCUAAUCCUAUGCAAAAUCGCGCUAUGUCAGGACAAGGUGUUGCAUCACCUCAAACCCGACCCUCUAACUACAAGUACACCUCUGUCAUGCGCCAAGGACCGCAACAGCUUGCUAUGCCACCAGCUCCAGCUCAAAAUCAACAAGCUGUUCACAUUCAAGGUCAGGAGCCACUCACUGCAUCCAUGCUUGCAGCUGCUCAGCCUCAAGAACAGAAGCAAAUGUUAGGAGAACGUUUAUUCCCACUGAUUCAAUGCAUGUACCCGAACCUAACUGGUAAAAUCACGGGAAUGUUGCUUGAAAUUGAUAACUCUGAGCUUUUGCACAUGUUGGAGCAUGGAGAGUCUCUUAAGGCCAAGGUUGAAGAGGCUGUUGCUGUACUUCAAGCCCAUCAAGCUAAACAAGCUGUCAAAAAAGAAUAAUUUGUCUUUUUUUGUUUAAUUUGUUCUUUUU